AUGAGCGAAGAAUCCAUUUCAUCUGCUGGUUCUGAGAUGGAGAAAAUCUCAAGUAAGAAAACAGUCAUCGACGUGUGGUGGCUGAGCGACGAUGGAGGAUUGACCCUUCUUGUUCCGUAUCUCCUCACACAGAAAGGAAGCCGACUCAAGGGAGCUAGCCUUCGUAUUUUCACGGUGGCUCCAGAUGGCGUGUCCGUUCCUUCGGAGGAAAAACGAAUGGCAUCGCUACUGGAGAAGUUUCGUAUCCACUACAGUUACCUUCACGUUGUUCCGGCAUUUACAAAGCCGAACCAAGAAACAAGUGAGAAGUUCUACAAGUCGUUGAAGCCGUUCUUAGGCGAGAGCGAAGAAGGACUGAUUUCUGAAGAAGAAUUGUCCAGAAUGCGUAACAAAAUUGCCAGACAUCUCCAAACAGGGACGUUGUUACGGAAUUUUUCUUCCACUGCAGAUUUAGUGGUGGUG